CUCGUGCUCUUAAGCCAACUCUUACACCUGAGCCACUCAGCUGGCUCUCGCCAUCAGUCAUUUUAAUAGAGCUUCUUGCACAGCGAAUUAGUUGUUUGAGUACCUCAAGUGCUGAUAGGGAUUCAGAAAGUUCAGCCCAUUAACUCUGAACUGGAGGUAAGUAUUUUUAGAAGCCAGUCUCAGAUAUGAAGGCAUCCAGUGAAGAAAAAUGUGGUUCCUGUGCAGCUCUUGUUCAGUAUCUUCUGAGUGUGUGCCAGCCUUCCAGGCUCUGUGCAGCCUGAGAACCGGAGCUGCAGCACAUGUUUCGCCUGCGUCCUGGAAUCGGAGUCUUUCCUCCUAAUUGGCUCUUAAACAUCGGAUAGGUUCUCGCUGCCUGCAUUCUGCCAUUCUAAUAUGGCUCUGUGGGUAGCGGGUUGUGGAUUGAAGAAGACUGGGGUAUUUUUUUUAGAAACUGAUAAAAAUCUCUUCUUUCAAACAGUAAGAAAAUCAUAGGUAAAACUUUGUUGUGGUAAAAUCUUGGUUAUUUAGAAGAUCAACUUUCUCAGCUUCUUUGAAACAGAAGAGCUAGCUCUUUUUUGCUGGAUAAAAAAAGAAGUGGUGAAAGAAAGGGAUUGGAUCAAAGGAAGACAGAAGCAGAUGGUGGUGGAGAUCAGCACCAGUAGUGUAAGGCUAAGAUGGGCAGCCUUGUUCCCUUUAGAUUUGACCUUUUCUACAGGGAGGAAUGAGGCUGAGCAGUAGCCAGAUUCUUUACAGAGCCUUUCCUACCCAUCAGUAGACAUUGUCCUUGAACUCUGCAUCCUUCCCAGCAUCAUCAUGACAACCACAUCCCCACCAGUAAAGCCUGUCUUAUUCUAAUCGAAUUACCUGGGAAUAGGGAGGGACACAAAUACAUCACCAAAAUAAAUACAUAAUUAAGAAACUAAGAGGAAAAAGAGUUAGGCAGAGAAUAAAUGUCAUACCCCUUCUUUCCCAGCUGGGAUUAAAGGCAUUCUCUCAUGCUUGUUGUGGAAGCUUUAAUAAAAGAUGAUCUGUUUUAUCCCAAAGUCCUGCCCUUGAUCUGUUGGGUCUUCUUUCUGUCAGUCUCGCAGGCUCUACGAGAGAACACCUAUCCAUUCCUGGCCAUGAUUAUGCUGAAGGACCGGAGGAUGACUGUGGUGGGACGGCUAGAAGGCCUCAUUCAACCUGACGACCUCAUUAAUCAGCUGACCUUUAUCAUGGGUGCAAACCAGACUUACCUGGUGUCAGAACGCCUGGAAAGGGAAGAACGAAACCAGACUCAGGUGCUGAGGCAGCAGCAGGAUGAGGCCUACCUGGCCUCUCUCAGAGCCGACCAGGAGAAAGAGCGGAAGAAACGGGAGGAGCGGGAGCGGAAGCGGCGGAAGGAGGAGGAGGUGAAACAGCAGCAGCUGGCCGAGGAGCGGCGGCGGCGGGUAAUCCACGACUUCUUGUUCUCCUUGAAAGAAAGCCCUGAAAAGUUCCAGAUUGAAGCCAACUUUCCCCGGCGGGUGCUGCCCUGCGUCCCUUCAGAGGAGUGGCCCAACCCCCCCACGCUGCAAGAGGCGGGACUCAGCCACACAGAAGUUCUCUUUGUUCAGGACCUAACAGACGAAUGA